CAGAGAAGAUACAGAACAACGUUUACGAGUUUACAACUUGGUGAAUUGGAGAACUCAUUUCAAUCUACACAUUACCCAGAUGUUUUCUAUCGCGAGGAACUAGCUUUGAAAUUGGACUUGACAGAGGCAAGAGUUCAGGUCUGGUUUCAGAAUCGACGUGCCAAAUGGAGAAAACAGCAA